AUGACAGGAAACUUGACCUCGACCGGCCGCGGAGGCGCUGGCAACAUCAGUGAUAUCUCCAACUCACCACGCAUCCAGCCCCAGGACCUUGUCACACCCACUCUCAAGACCUCAGUCGUCACCACUGGCCGCGGCGGCUCAGGCAACAUGGCCAAGAACACCGACCCGGUCGAGACGAGAGCGCGCCAGGACGUAACUCCUGUCACUCGCAGAACAAGUGAAAAUGUGACCCACGUUGGCCGGGGAGGAGCCGGCAACGUCCUCAGUCCCGAGGACUCGGAGAAGGCCAGAAAUACGGGCGAACACUCGGUCGACGAAGAGCCCAAGAAGAGCGCGGACCAUAGUCUGGCCGCCAAGGGGAAGGGGUGGCUCUUUGGCAAGAAGGCAUAG